AUGCUCAGAUUAUCCUCAAACUCCUCAGAUUAUCCUCAGACUACUCCUCAAACUCCUCCUCAGUCUAAUCCUCAGACUCCUCCUCAGAUUAUCCUCAAACUCCUCAGACUACUCCUCAAACUACUCCUCGGUCUAAUCCUCAGACUCCUCCUCAGAUUAUCCUCAAACUCCUCAAACUACUCCUCGGUCUAA